AUGUAUUUAACAAAAAGAAUGGGAACCUUAUCUAUUCCUUGCUCCAAUUUCACACCAAAAUCCAAGAUUCUCAAUAGUAGUCACAUGAAGAUGAAAACCAAGAAUCAUCAUCAUCAUCAUCAUCAUCAAGCAUUCAUCAUCCAAUUAUCAUCAAUCUUCCAAUUCACCACAACCCUUAUUGAGCCAAUGAAGAAGCACAACCUCAAGAAACCAACCCUCCUCGACACCCUCGACGACUACAUAUCCAAGUUCCUCGACCGACAAAUCUCCCCUUCCAUCGACCCGACCCUCGUCCUUUCCGAGAACAACGCUCCCGUGGACGAGCUCCCGCCCACCCCAUGUCCCACGGUCAUCGGUGGGCCCCUCCCCCCAUGCCUCGACGGGCUCUACAUCCGCACCGGCCCAAACCCUCAAUUCUUCCCCACGAGCCCUUACUACGUCUUCGACGGCGACGGGAUGCUCCACUCGACCCGUAUCUCGGCCGGCGGGGCCACCUUCUGCAGCCGCUACGUCCGCACACACAAGCACGGCGUCGAGCUUCGGGCCGGUCGGCCCAUCAUCCCCAACUUCUUCGGGCUCUGCCGCAGCAGACUGCCGGCUGCCGCAGCCCACCUGUCCGUGCUGGCCGCCCGGGUUCUCACGGGCCAGUUUGACCCGGAGAACCACGGGUUCGGGCCGGCCAACACGAACGUGGCCCUCUUGGGUGGCCGCCUCUUCGCCAUGUGCGAGUCCGACCUCCCGUACGAGGUCGGAGUCACGGAGGACGGGGACGUGAAAACCCUCGGCCGAUGCAAUUUCGGAAACAAAGUCGACAAGCAGUUCCGGAAUAUGACGGCCCACCCGAAGGUGGAUCGGGAGACGGGCGACGUGUUCGCGUAUGGGUACGACUUCAAGCGCCCGUUCCUCACGUUCUACCGAAUAGAAGGCGGGUUGAAGAAACGGAAGGGUGUGCCGAUAGGGUCCGCACGUGGCUGCACGAUCGCGCACGAUUUUGCGCUCACCGGGUCCCGCGCGGUACUCGCCGAGACGCAAAUCGCAGUCAACCCUUGGUGGGUUCUCGGAGGCCGGCCGCCAGUUAGGGUUGUCCUGGGAAAGGCGCCUCGACUAGGGAUCAUCGAGAAAUGCGCAGAGGACGACCGGGACAUGGUGUGGGUCGACUCGCCGGGUUUCAACCCGCUCCAUUUCGCGAACGCGUGGGAGGAGGAGGAGGAAGGUGGCCGGGGGACGUUGGUCGAGAUGGUGGCCACGAACAUCACGCGGGUCGAGCACUUCUUAGACGACAUUGCGCGGGCCGGGCUUAUGCUCGAGAAGGUGACGGUGGACGUCGAGACGGGCCGAGUGACAAGGCGCGCCCUGUCGACUCGGUUUCUCGACCUCGCAGUCGUCAAUCCAGCUUACGGAUCCAAGAAGAACAGAUACGUAUACGCCGGGGAAAUCGGGUCGAAGGCCGUGGUCGGGGUGGUGAAGCUCGACCUGUCGCUCAUGGCCGACGAGGGGUGCAUAGACUGCACGGUGGCCAGCCGGCAAUACGGGCCGGGCUGCUAUGGAAGCGAACCGUUUUUCGUGGCGAGGGAGCUCGAUAACCCGGCGGCCGAGGAGGAUGACGGGUAUUUAGUGACGUAUAUGCAUGAUGAGAAUAUUAAGGAAUCUAAAUUUUUGGUGAUGGACGCGAAAUCGCCGACGCUCGACAUAGUCGCCGCCGUCAGGCUGCCGCAACGCGUUCCCAAUGGCUUCCACGGCGUCUUCGUGCCUGAGAAUGAUCUCAGAAAACGGAGAGCGGAUUGGCCGAGCUGCAGCGGCAGCGAACCCUUUUUCGUGCCGAGAGAACCCGAUAAUCCGGCGGAUGACGAGGAUGACAGCUACUUGAUUACGUACAUUCACGACGAGGCUACUAAAGAAUCGGAGUUCUUGGUUAUGGACGCGAAAUCCCACACGCUCAAAAUUACGGCGGCCGUGAAGUUGCCGGGCCGAGUGCCGACGGGCUUUCACGGGCUCUUCGUGAGGGAAAGUGAUCUCAAAAGAUUAAAAAUCCGUCCAACGACAUCCAAACUACUCUCCGAUUUCUUCACCUCGCUCGACGACCUCAUUUGCCGGCACGUCGACCCGCCCACUCUCCCCCCUAACAUCGACCCGAACUUGGUCCUCUCCGGAAACUUUUCCCCGGUUCCCGAGCUUCCCCCGACCCCUUGCCACGUGGCGGAGGGCUCCCUCCCCCGGGCCCUCGACGGGGCCUACAUCCGCAACGGCCCGAACCCGCAAUUCCCGCCCCACGGCCCGCACCACCUCUUUGACGGCGACGGCAUGCUCCACUGCGUCCGGAUCUCCGGCGGCCGUGCCACCCUCGCCAGCCGCUUCGUCCGCACGUACAAGCACGAAGUCGAGCGUUCGGUCGGCUCUCCUGUCGUCGUGAACUACUUCUCCGCAUACACGAGCCUCGCCGCCACGUUGGCAAGGUACGCGGUGGCCGCCGGCCGUCUAGUCUCCGGGCAGUACGACCUCCGGCGAGGCACGGGGAACGCGAACACGAGCGUUUCGCGGUUCGGCGGCGGGUUGUUUGCGCUCGGGGAGUCGGACCUUCCGUAUCGGGUGAGCGUGACGGACGAGGGAGAUGUGGUGACGAUUGGAAGAGAGGAAAAGUAUGGAAAGCCGUUGGAGUCGAUGACGGCCCACCCGAAGGUCGACCCGGAAUCCGGCGAGGUUUUUGCUUUCCGGCAUAAUAUCCGGCGGCCGUUCUUGACGUAUUUCACGAUUGGGGCGGACGGGGAGAAGCGGGGGCCGGAGGUGGGGGUGUGGACGAAGAGGGACGCGUCGCUGGUGCACGAUUUCGCGGUGACGGAGAAUUACGCGGUUUUUCCGGACACGCAAAUCGUGAUAAGGCCGGAGGAGAUAGUGAGAGGGGGGCAGCCGGUGGUGGUGGAUAGGGGGAAGGUGCCGAGGCUAGGGUUUGUGCCGAGACGGGCGGUGGAGGAGGGAGAUGAGGGAGGGGUGUGGUGGGUGGAGGUGCCAGGGUUUAAUAUGAUGCAUGCGGUGAAUGCGUGGGAGGAGGAGAGUGGCGGCGGGGGAGGAGGGACGGUGGUGGUGAUGGUGGCGCCGAACAUGUUAGGGGUGGAGAACUUGAUGGAAGGGCUGAAUUUGGUGCACUUGUCGAUGGAGAGAGUGGAGAUAGAUGUGAGGACGAAGAUGGUGAGGCGGCGGCCGAUUUCAACUAGGAAUCUUGAGUUUGCGGCGAUCAAUCCGGCGUGCGUGGGGAAGAAGACGAGAUAUAUGUAUGCAGGAAUAGCAUCCCAAUCAUCAGGGCUAAAGAUGACAGGGAUUGUGAAACUUGACCUAUCACUUUCCACGCUGGACUCCGGCGAGUGUGUCAUCGGAAUCCGGCUAUACGGGCCGGGAUGUUAUAGUGGCGAACCGUCUUUCGUCCCUAAGGAGCCUGAUAAUCCAACGGCUGACGAGGAUGAUGGGUAUCUCGUGACGUUUGUACAUGACGAGACUGUAGACGAGUCACGGUUUUUGGUCAUGGAUGCCAAGUCAGCAAAUCUGGAUAUUGUGGCCGUCGUUAAGCUGCCCCAAAGGGUUCCGUACGGUUUCCAUGGCACGUUUGUUAGGGAGCGUGACCUCGAAAAAUUUCUCCAUUCAUUAAUCCCAUCAUCAUCAUCAUCAUCACUAUCAAAAACCAUCACCAACCCUAAAAAAACCCUUUCCCGCCAACCCAAGAUCAUCACCGCAAAAUCCACUUGUACCAAUAAUAAGAUCAUCAUCAAACAUCCCAAUAAUCCGCCCAAGACCCUCCUCGCCGGUGUCCUGAACGCGCUCGACGACCUCGUUUGCACCCACCUCGACCCGAAACCCCUUCCCCCUUCAAUCGACCCGGCCCGCGUCCUCACCGGCCACUCGGCCCCCGUCAACGAGCUUCCCCCGACCCCUUGCCACAUCAUCACCUAUGGGCCCCUCCCCCCUUCCCUCAACGGCGUCUACCUCCGAAAUGGGCCCAACCCGCAGUUUGUCAUCCCAGGCCGGCCCCACCACUUCUUCGAGGGCGACGGCAUGAUCCACGCGCUCAAAAUCUCGCGGGCUGGCCGCCGGGCCUCCUUCUGUUGCCGCUACAUCAAAACCCGAAAGCACGAGUACGAGCGACGGGCCCGGUACCCUUUCGUCCCAGGCGUCCUCAGCUCGUUCAACGGGUCGGCCACGGCCUCCGUGGCCCGGCUGGCCCUUGCCAUGGCCCGGGUCGCUUCGGGCCAGUUUGACCCGGCGGGCCACGGGACGUCGAAUGUGAGCCUAGCGUUGCUCGGGGGCCGGCUACUCGCCUUGGCGGAAUCCGACCUACCGUACGAGAUCCGGGUCAAGGAGGAUGGUGACGUGGUGACGCUCGGGCAGGGUUUUGCGUACUCGUAUGACGUGAACCGACCUUUUCUGACGUACUUCCGAACCGACUCGUUCGGGAGGAAAGGGAAAGGAGUGCCGAUUAACUCGGUUGGGGAUUGUUGCGUGGCGGUGCACGAUUUCGGUGUGACGGAGAGUUACGCGGUGUUUCCGGUGGGGAAGAUGGUUGUGAGGGUGGCGGAGGUGUGGCGGGGGAGUUCGCCGCUGGGGGUAGACGGCGGCGGGGGGAAGGUGGAGAAGGUGGGAAUAAUAGGGAGGUACGCGGAGGAUGACGUGGGAAUGACGUGGGUGGAGGCGCCGGGGUUGAAUAUGAUGCAUUGUGUGAACGCGUGGGAGGAGGAGGAAGGGCGGAGGGUGGUGGUGGUGGGGACGAGUGCGGCGGAGGUGGGGAUGUUCGUGGAGGACUUCCGGCGGGCGGGGCUGAGGAUGGAGAGGAUAACGAUUGAUGUUGCCGGAGGGAGGGUGGUGGGGAGGGAGGUGCUGUCGCCGGAGAAUAUGGAUUUGGGGGUUAUCAACGCGGCGUAUGCGUCGAGGAAAAACAGAUACGUGUACGCAGCCAUAACAGACGAGACAUCAUGGAAAGGCAUAGUGAAACUCGACCUGUCGAUCAACGGGGAUGACUGCACAGUCGCCAGACGUCUGUACGGGCCGGGCUGCAAUGGGGGGGAGCCGUUUUUUGUGCCUCGAGAACCGAAUAAUCCGAAUGCUGACGAGGAUGACGGAUACCUAAUUACGUACAUGCACGACGAGCUCGUUAGAGAGUCAACAUUCUUGGUCAUGGACGCAAAAUCACCAACACUCGACAUUAUAGCCGCCAUUAAGCUGCCUCAACGGGUACCCGACGGCUUCCAUGGCCUCUUUGUGCCCGAGAGUGAACUCAAAAAACUUUAACUAUGUAAUUAAAAUCCACAAGAAUUAUCCUAAAAUCUUUCUAUUUUAUCAAUUUAAUUUUUUGGAUCGGAUUUUUCACCUUGAGUGUGGUUCCAAAUUCGAUCUUCGAUCACCUGCAAAAGCAUGGGGGGAGGUGUGCCCAUCGUAACCGCUCUCAAGUCGGAAAUCUUGUUAAAGCAAUGAAUUUUCAAUAAUUUUCAGAAAUAAUUUGCUCACUUCAUUUGAUUUGAUAGUGCAAUAUUUGUCUGUAUGAUACAUACACAUGGGGCAAGGCUUUUAUAAUCAGCUCAAUUCAUGUAAGGA